GUUCUGGUUCCUCUAGAGAUUUUCGAAUUAUUUUCGAUUUUUUCUUACGUGUUUUUGGUCUUUGAGAAGGGUUUACGACAUAGAGAGAAGUCUAAAGUUGUAUCUGAAAUCAAAGAGGAUCUGAGAAGGUUUUGUUUGGUGAGGCAAUCAUAACUAAGAGAGAGAUUCAUCGUCUGCGGUAGCUACGGCACGAAAUAUGAGCGCGAAGAAAUCAAAAGUACAAAAGAAGGUAGCGACUGCCGCGGUCGGCGGCGGCGAUGAUCUGGACGACGGACUGCUUUACGAGGUGGACGAUGCUACAUUUGCGAGCGACGAGGAUGACGGUGGAGUCGUGGUGUCUGGCGGCGAGGAGGAUGAAGUGAAGGACGAUGCAGUGAAAGAAGCGACGGGCACUGCGACUGUUGUUGCUACUGAAACUAGUGCAUUGGCAGCGGCAAAGAAGGCUGAGAAGCGGAAAAAGAUGAAGGAAAGGAUCAAGCAAAAGAAACGUCAAAGAAUGGAAACAGAAGUGACAGUCAAGACGACGAUUGCGGGCGUCGAUUCGAGUAUAAUCGCAGACUACUUUGCUAAAAAAGCGCGCCUGUUUUUUCCCAAACUCUCCACUGUGGAACUCGAUGAUUUGUGCGUCGUCAAGCAGGAUCAGAUCAUGGAUAUGACGGGCUGGAAGUUGCCGAGAGAUGACAAGAACUUUGAGAAGUUUCUCACACAAGUCGCAAAACCGAGAAAGCUAAAUGAGCUACCGAGCGAAAAAGGUGCUCCCUACGUGAUCAUCAUCUCGAUCUCUGGGAUUCGUGUCUGCGAAGUUCGAAGAGCUCUUCCAAAACCAAUGAAAUCAGCAAAGCUGAUCUCGAAAAACAGUAUAGCCUCUGACUCAAAAUAUCUCGCAAACUCAACCAUCUCAAUCGCUCUCAGCACUUCCGAGCGACUCAGACUAAUGCUCGACUACGAAAACCCCGAGACAAACACCAAGACCGCGCUUUCGCUCGAAAACCUCGAGCUCGUCGUUGUCGACUCUACCUUUUUGGAUUCGAAAGCGCGGAGCGUGCUCGAUGACGUGCCGGAGACGCUCAAGACUGUUAAGCGGUUGCUGGUGGGGGCUCCGGGAGCUAAAGUUGUGCUCUAUUAAGAACUUUGUUGAGGAAGCGGGAGGAAGUUGAGGUUGUAUGAUAGGUAUUGGUUGAUGCUCUUGUGCGGGAAGAAAAUUGCAUGGGUCAAUCAAGAAUUUAAAAGUUUGAUAAUAGAAAAUCAGCAUACAUUACA